UCCUUGUGUGAGAGAUGCUCCAGUCCCUUCAUCUUUGUGGCCCUUUGCUGGACUCGUUCCAGCAGGUAGGUCCAUGUGUCUCUUGUGCUGGGAAGCCCAGACUAGGACCCAGCACUCCACGUGUGGCCUCACCAAGGCUGAGUUGGAAGGGUCAUCUCCCUUGAUCUGCUGGCAAUGCUCUGCCUAAUGCAGCCAGGAUGCCGUUGGCCUUCUUUGCCACAAGGGUGCAUUGCUGGCCCACGUUCAGCUUGGUGUCCACCAGAACCCUCAGGUCCUUCUCUGCAAAGCUGCUCUCCAGACAGUUGGCCCCUAGCCUGUCCUGGUGCCUGGGGCUUGUCCUCCUCAAGGGGCAGGACUUGGUCCUUCUCUGUGUUGAACUUCAUGAGGUUCCUCUCUGCCCAUCUGUCCAGCCUGUUGAGGUCCCUCUGAACAGCGGCACAACCCUUUGGAGUGUCGGCCGUUCCUCCCAGUUCUGUGUCGUCUGCAAACUCCCUGAGGGUACAUGUAGUCCCACCAUCAUUAAUGAAUUUGAAUUUGUUAAGCAGUACUGGCCCCAGCAUCAGCCCCUGGGGAACACCAGUAGUGACUGGUCUCCAGCUGGACUUUGUAGUGCUGAUCAUAACCCUGUGAGCCUGGUAGUUCAGCCAGGUUUCAGGCCACGUCACUAACCAUUAUCUAGCCCCCACUUCAUCAGCAUGUUUGUGAGGGUGGUAGGGGAGGCGGUGUCAAAAGCUGUACUGAAGUCAAGGUAAAGAACAUCUGCUGCUCUCCCCUUGUCCACCAAGCCCAUCAUCUCACCAUAGGAAGGCUGUCAGGUUGGUUAAACGUGAUUCCCUUGGUAAAUCCACGUUGGCUACUCCCGAUCAUCUUCCUGUCCAUCGCGUGUCUGGAAAUGGUAUCCAGGGUUAGUUGCCCCAUCAUCUUCCUGGGGAUCAAGGUGAGGCUGACCAGCCUGGAGUUCCCUGGAUCCCCCUCCUUGCCCUUCUUGAUGACAGGGCUGACAGUUGCUCUCUUCCAGUCCUCGGGAGCCUCUCCCGAUUGCUGUGACCUCUCAAGGGUAAUCAAGAGUGGUCUCACGGGACACGGGCCAGCUCUCUGCAGAGAGGGUGGAAAUUCCCCAUAGAAGACCGUGGUAGGCCGCCUAAGCUGACGGUGUUCGGGGGUCAUGGUGAGGCCGCCCAGCCUGGGCACCUGGGUUUUUACACCUGCACCCUGCUGUUUUGCUGUUAUGUGGAAAUCGCUUGAGGUGUUCAGGGUGGCCAGCAGCAGCUCUGAGAGGCCUCAGGGAUGGGAGCUGGUUUCAAUGUAGAUCUUGGGCUGAAGGGAGGAUGGUGAAGUGGGGCCGCUGCCACUCUGCUCCAUGCUCAAACUGCUACUUGGCCCCAGAACAUCCCCUUUUUGUCCUCUGCUCGUUUUGGGGAGGUGGUUUUCCUUGUUUUAACCUGUUGUCCUAUAAAGUGAUCUUUUUGCCCUCUGAAUCCUCGUACAAAGGAACCAGAACAUCCUUUCCUUUCUUUUUUCCAGCAGAAAGCACCAGUUUGCUCAAAGGCUCUGUUUUGUUGGGGUUUUUGUUGUUGACAUCGGCAUAUUUUGGGGAAGUUUCUUGCAUCUGACACGCUUAGUCCCCUGGUUCCAGCCAUCUCUAGUGGAGGAGGACUGGCAGAGUGGCCAUGUGCCCCUCUGCCCCAGGGGACACGUGGGACAAUGGUGCUGCCUUAUGGGUGACAUCCCCUCGUUUGUCCUGCUCUGUAGAUGAUCUCGAUGGUGAUGGUGGCAGUGGGGGUCUACGCCCGGCUGCUGAAACAUGCAGAGGCAGCCAUGGCCUGCCUGGCCGUGGACCCCGCCAUCCUGCUCAUCGUGGUUGGCGUCCUCAUGUUCCUCAUCACCUUCUGCGGCUGCAUCGGCUCCUUGCGGGAGAACAUCUGCCUGCUGCAGACGUUCUCCGUCUGCCUGACCGUGGUCUUCCUGCUGCAGCUGGCAGCGGGCGUGCUGGGCUUCGUCUUCUCCGACAAGGCACGCGGGAAGGUGAGCGAGAUCAUCAACGGUGCCAUCGUGCAUUACCGGGAUGACCUGGACCUGCAGAACCUCAUCGACUUCGGGCAGAAGGAGGUGCGUGUGGGGACGUGGUGGGCAAGGGUGCCGGGGUCCCCGCCGACAGACAGGGACGUGUCCCCAGUGAUGGGUUGGACCUGGGAGUCCCAUACCGCUCAGCUCUUUGGCGUCUCUGCUCUUGCCCCGUGCUUUGAGCGGAUCACGCCGUGGGUGAAGCGGUGCCCCUCAGCCCUGGGCAGGUCGCAGCACUCGGCGCCCUCUCCUCUCUUGCAGCUGGUGGGGAUCCUGCUCUCUCAGAUCCUCGUCAACCAGAUCAAAGACCAGAUCAAGCUGCAGCUCUACAAUCAGCAGCACCGGGCAGACCCCUGGUACUGAGCCCCUGCGAGCCCAGUGCUUCCCUCGGGUGCAGAGGCGUCCGGCGCCCACCUGCAGCCCAGCGGGCCGGUCGGGCACCCUUGGGCGAAGAGGAGACCCACCUUUCUGGCAGCUGCUGGCUUUGCCCUCUAGAGUGGGGCUCGUCUCCCGGAGCCAGGUCAAAACUUUGUACGUCCCCUGUGGCCGGGGACGGGACAGUGGCCUCCUUCACCAGUGACUCUUGGACCUUGGGAGCUGCUUUGCUUGGGGUUAUGUUCUUUAAAGCAGCCCAACGUUGGAGCAAUUUUUUUCCAGGCUUCUUGGAGAGCGCAUAGAGAUGCUACAGCCGCUGCUGAGGAUGCUGAGAGCGGGGUUUGCCUGCGGACCCGUGCUGGGCCAGGGUAAAACGAGCUUCAGCCCCGCUGGGCUCUGUUGUUCCUCUGCCUCUGAGUGGAGGCUCCUGACCCCAAAAUUAAUUGGAGAUCUGGGAGUGAGCAGUAAAGGGGCAGGUCUGGCUCAGUUGGGGCUGACCAGGUCCCCGGGAGGGACCGGUGUUGCCUCACCGGCGAUGCUUGGGGCAACCAGGUCUCCCGGGGAGGGUCUCGGUUUCUCCAUCGCCUCCUCCAGGAAACCCUGGAUCCAGAGGGAGAGCUGACGGGCAGUUUGCAGGAAAGACAGAGGCCUGAACAGGUUGAGGAUGCCCGGGUGUGCGCACGCGGUGGCUGCUGUGCUGGGCAGAGAGACGCGUGGGGACUCUG